ACUCUCGGGGUGGGGUUUCUAGUUUAGCUGCGCGGAGAAUAGCGACUGUCUGGUAGAGUGAUGUCACAUAACGAAUAGACGAGCGACCGAACCAGUGGCUGAUUGUAAUAGCUGGGGAAAGCGGCACCUGUUGAAUAACAGGCUCACAACGAUAUUCCCGUUUUCCUUCGAAGCUUUUGGCUGCGUUUUAAAAGUUCACAAUGACGGAUACAAUACUUACCAACGGAAUCAAGGACCGAGCGGGUCAGAAUGGAUAUUUUAAAAAGGGAUGUAACCCACUAGCCCUGACGGGCCGCUCCAAGCUGCAGAAUGAGAGAGCCAGUCUCAACCAACAGAUCAUCAGACAGAUGAGGAUGAGAGCCGGGGCAGAGAACUUACUAAGGGCGACCUCCAACAACAAAGUGUGUGAUAUGGUCGUUCUGGAGCUGAGCUAUAUCAACUCUAACCUGCAGCUGCUCAUGGAACAACUGGAGGGGCUCAACAGCUCCGUGGAGGUCUACCAGAACAUCCAAGAGACCUCCAGCAUCCCUCUCAUUCCGCUGGGGCUGAAGGAGACUAAAGAGAUGGACUUCUCUGUGUCAUUCAAGGACUUCAUCCUGGAGCACUACAGUGAAGAUGGCUCCAGCUUCGAGGAGGAGAUCGCCGACCUGAUGGACCUGAGACAGGCCUGUCGUACCCCCAGUCGCAAUGACGCCGGCAUCGAGACCCUGGCCAAGUACUUCAGCCACAUACCUCUACUGGAGAGCCGCUUCUUCUCCGCUACCCGCCAGAUGGGCAUCUUCUUUACUUGGUAUGACUCGUUCACAGGUGUUCCAGUGUGCCAGCAGAACGUGUCUCUGGAGAAGGCCAGUAUUCUGUUCAACAUCGGCGCCCUCUACACCCAGAUCGGCACGCGCUGCAACCGCCAGACGGGCUCCGGCCUCCAGGAUGCUAUCGCAGCCUUCCAGAAAGCUGCAGGAGUCCUCCACCACCUGAAGGAGACGUUCACCCACACCCCCAGCUAUGACAUGAGUCCCUCCAUGCUCAGUAUGCUCAUCAAGAUGAUGCUGGCCCAAGCUCAGGAGUGUCUGUUUGAGAAGAUCGCUCUGUCUGGCAUCCGCAAUGAGUUCUUCUCUCUCCUCAAGAUGGCCCACGAGGCCGCCAAGGUUGGAGACACCUAUGACCAGGUUCACCAGUCUAUGAGCCAGACUCCCAUCAAGGACAACGUCCCGUUCUUCUGGUCCACCAUGGCUCAGGUCAAGACCCACCACUACCGUUCACUGGCACACUACUUCCUGGCUACUGCGCUAUUGGACCACCAGUUGAGGCCCAGUGAUGACGAGGACCAACAGGAGAAGGCUCUGUCCCAGGCGUAUGAUGCCAUGCCAGAUGGCCGCUCCCCACUCGACAUCCUCAGGAAGCGAGAGGAGAGACGCCGCAUCGGUAAGGCCCACCUGCGGCGGGCUGUGAUAGGUCAUGAGGAGGCUCUGAGGAUCCACGGUCUGUGCCGUCACCUCAGGAAGCUGGAUGUGCUCCAGGCCAUCCUCCAGGCCAGCCACAACCGUUCCCUGGCCAAGUUCAAUGACAACAACCAAGAGGACGAGUUCACAGACUACCUGGAGGCUCCAGACAUCGUCUCUAAAACGGAGCACAAGGCAGAGAUGGAAACACCCAUGUCCACAAAGGUGAAAGUCACAGACUUUUUCCGGAGGCUGGGUCCUCUGUCAGUGUUCUCUGCUAAGCAACGCUGGACAGCUCCUCGUACCGUCAGGCUGAGACUGGAGGACAGAGACCUGGGCUUCACCCUGAGAGGAGACCCAGUACCUGUACAGGUUACCUCCCUGGACCCUCUCUGCCCUGCCGCUGUCGACGGGCUGAAAGAGGGGGACUACAUUGUUGCCGUGGGAGACGCGGACUGUAAGUGGAUGGUAGUGAGCGAUGUGAUGCGGCUGCUGAAGGAUGUGGACGAGGACGGGAUCGACAUCCGCGUUGUUAGCUUGAUGGACAGCGGCCUGCCCAUGCCCACUAAGAGUGCCACGUACUGCGGAGGUAUAUCUAAGACCUACUCCAUGAUCUGCCUGGCAUUCGACGACGACAAGAGCCCCAAGGGCCGCAAGGUGACCAAGAAGGGCUCCUUCCUGUCCUGGGGCGUGAAGAACCAUCUGAAGAGCUCCAGCACCCUGAGCCUCCCUACAGCAGACUACUCUGGAACACUGCCUUGGAACAAACCCUGUCCCACCUUCCCUUCCUCCAGCUCCUACAACGACCCCGCUCUUUACUAGAGAAGGAAACAUACUGGACUCUAGACACUCUACUGGGUUAGAGAAUACUGUGUGAAGGUCUCAAAUGGCACCCUAUUCCCCAUAUAGUGCAGUACUUUGGAGGUCUAUGGGCUCUGGUCUAAAGUAGUGAGCUAUAUAGGGAAUAGGGUGCCAUUGUGGGCACACUUGUUAAAUCCACUUUAAUCAGUGUAGAGGGAGGAGACGGGUUAAAGAAGGAUUUUUAAGCCUUGACAAUUGAGACAUGGAUUGUAUUUGUGUGCCAAUCAGAGGGUGAAUGGGCAAGACAAAAUAUUUAAGUGUCUUUGAACAGGAUAUGGUUGUAGGUGCCAGGCGCACCGGUUUGUGUGAAGAACUGCAACGCUGCUGGGUUUUUCACACUCAACAGUUUCCCAUGUGUAUCAAGAAUGGUCCACCUACCAAAGGACAUCCAGCCAACUUGACACAACUGUGGGAAGCACUGGAGUGCAACAUGGGCCAGCAACCCUGUGAAACGCUUUCAACACCUUGUAGAGUCCACGCCCAGACACGUUGAGGCCGUUCUGUCACGUUGAGGCCGUUCUGUCACGUUGAGGCCGUUCUGUCACGUUGAGGCCGUUCUGUCACGUUGAGGCCGUUCCGUCACGUUGAGGCCGUUCCGUCACGUUGAGGCCGUUCCGUCACGUUGAGGCCGUUCCGUCACGUUGAGGCCGUUCCGUCACGUUGAGGCCGUUCUGUCACGUUGAGGCCGUUCUGUCACGUUGAGGCCGUUCUGUCACGUUGAGGCCGUUCUGUCACGUUGAGGCCGUUCUGUCACGUUGAGGCCGUUCUGUCACGUUGAGGCCGUUCUGUCACGUUGAGGCCGUUCCGAGGGCAAAAAGGAUGGCGGUGUCACUAUAUUAGGAAGGUGUUCUUAACGUUUUGUAUACUAGGUGUUCUUAAUGUUUUGUAUACUCGGUGUGUUGAUAUUCUAAUGUAAAAAAUGUCAAGUUAUACUAUGUAGAUAUCCCACUAUGUAGAAGGUGAAGUAUGUAACUCUUAAACCAGGAAGUGAUACGUCUGUAGUGAGUGUGUGAUAGGCUAACCGUCUGUAGUGAGUGUGUGAUAGGCUAACCGUCUGUAGUGAGCGCGUGAUAGGCUAACACAAUGCGCUGUAAGCUGAUGAAAAUAGAUUUCUUAAUUUUUUUUAUUUUUGUGUGUAAUUUCUUGUUAAGACAAUUACUGUGGUUGAUAUGAAGGACUAUUGUGUGUGGUGGGCUGUUCUGAUGUAGGCCUUGUGAAAUCUCUGUUUUAGAUUUUAUUGGCAUGUCAGGGGAGGGAGGAAGAAGAGGGGGGGAGAGGGGGCCUGGGUUGAGGGGAAAAGAGGGAGGGAUGGAGAAGGGGCCUGCGCAGUGUAAUAAACCAAAAAACCUCUGGGCCAUCGAGACACAGCUCUCACCUAAGCUUCUGCCAUAUUGUAAUAGUGAGUUCUAAAAAGCCUUUAAAUGGAACUCGUCGUAGUUAAACACUAAUAUCUUCCCCCUCCUCCUGUACUGCUGACCGGCAGCCAUUUUGAAACUCGUCGUAGUUAAGCACUAAUAUCUUCCCCCCUCCUCCUGUACUGCUGACCGGCAGCCAUUUUAAUGACAACCUUUCCUGGUAGAGCAGGGAAAAGUCUCCCUACCAGCGGACAGAUGUGGUUCUAUCUCUGUGGAUGUUUGUGUAAUAUUUGCUGUUAAAAAUGAAGGCUAUUUUGUAAAAGGGAAAAAGGCUGGUUGUGUUGUCUGUUUUUUGUCUCCGGUGUUCAGUGUAUUUGCAGAUGCUAACGUUAAUAUAAUAGUAUACAACAGGUUCAUGUUAAUUUCGCUAAGCCUGGGUUCCAUCGAAGGGAAGAGUCCCUGUUUGAUUCCACCAUUGUGAUUCUACUGGUCUCUAGUGGUCUCUAGUGGUUUCUAGUGGUUUCUAGUGGUCUCUAGUGGUCUGUAGUGGUUUCUACUGGUCUGUAGUGGUUUCUACUGGUCUCUAGUGGUUUCUAUGGGUUUCUACUGGUCUCUAGUGGUCUCUACUGGUCUCUAGUGGUCUCUAGUGGUUUCUACUGGUCUCUAGUGGUCUCUACUGGUCUCUAGUGGUCUCUAGUGGUUUCUACUGGUCUCUAGUGGUUUCUACUGGUCUCUAGUGGUUUCUACUGGUCUCUAGUGGUUUCUAUGGGUUUUUAGUGGUCUCUAGUGGUCUCUAGUGGUUUCUAUAGGUCUCUACUGGUCUCUAGUGGUCUCUACUGGUCUCUAGUGGUUUCUAUGGGUUUUUAGUGGUCUCUAGUGGUUUCUAUGGGUUUCUACUGGUCUCUCGUGGUCUCUACAGGAUGUCCACCUGAACAUUUUUCUGACACUGCAGUGUUGCACUUUCUUAUCUACAAAGUAGAUUAUUAUACGUUUGAUAAUCAAAUUAUUUCUGUAAUAAAAAUCAAACAAAAAGAAACAUCUGAAUAUCUGUGUACAUUGUAAAGCGUGUGUAGACGGUAAAGUUGUGAAAUCUGUUGGCUGUUGCAAAGUAAUGUAUUUUCUGAGAUCAUUGUCUUCAAAGGGGUAUGUAAAAAAAAAUAUAUUUUCACUGCGUUUCAUCUUCUUUCAGGAAAUGACACUCGUGGUUUCCUGAAUUCCACAAAGCAGCAUAUUGUGUGCAGGUCAUCGGUACUCUAGGUUUGAUUGUAAACACACCUGUUGGACAGUCACAACUCUAGGUUUGACUGUAAACACACCUGUUGGACCGAGGACAGUCACAACUCUAGGUUUGACUGUAAACACACCUGUUGUACCGAGGACAGUCACAACUCUAGGUUUGACUGUAAACACACCUGUUGUACCGAGGACAGUCACGACUCUAGGUUUGACUGUAAACACACCUGUUGGACAGUCACAACUCUAGGUUUGACUGUAAACACACCUGUUGUACCGAGGACAGUCACAACUCUAGGUUUGAUUGUAAACACACCUGUUGUACCGAGGACAGUCACGACUCUAGGUUUGACUGUAAACACACCUGUUGGACAGUCACAACUCUAGGUUUGACUGUAAACACACCUGUUGGACAGUCACAACUCUAGGUUUGACUGUAAACACACCUGUUGGACAGUCACAACUCUAGGUUUGACUGUAAACACACCUGUUGGACAGUCACAACUCUAGGUUUGAUUGUAAACACACCUGUUGCACCGAGGACAGUCACAAUCCUUUUCUGUUACUCGUCCCAUCUUUACUGAACUCAAUUGUGACUGAAUAGUUGUUGUACAGUUUUUAUAAUGUUUGUGUAAACUGUACUCCAACUAUUGCCUCACGAGACAGUUUAUAACGGACAGCUGUCCUGCUCCAGUUAUGUGUAAAUAUAAAGUUACAUUAUUAUGAAGGGAAAUGAAUUGAAGGGCAUUUUGACUUCGUGUGUAGGAAUGGAUAUGAUUGAGUUGAUAUAUUAUUGUAAAAUGUUUUUUUCUGUUGGGAGGUGUACAGUAUACUGCAUGAUUAUAAACGAUUCAUCUCUGUUGGGAGGCAUAUAUUGAGUAUAUCUUCACAGUCCUCAUGUUUUCUGUUGGGAGGCUUACACUGUUAAUAUCUACACAGUCCUCAUGUUUUCUGUUGGGAGGCUAACACUGUUAAUAUCUACACAGUCCUCAUGUUUUCUGCAGUGGGGGUACACCCCAAAUUAAUCCCUAUAUAGUGAGCCCAUAGAGCGCUGGUUAGAUGUAGUUCACACUACAGGGGAUAGGAGGCCAUUUUGGACGGACUCCUUGUUGUUGUUGUUGUUCUCCUGUUGGUUUCCAUGGUUUCACUCUGUACCUCCUUUCUUACUGCCGGAUACAAAACAGCUGUGGUGACAAUGUCUUGCUGUUGAUCGAUGUACCGUCGUUAUUUUAUCAUCGUGUAUGUUUGUUCUCGGUCAACUUAAAUCUCAAUAAACUAUGUGAAUAAACUGAA